UGUUGUUGACAAAUUAAGAAUAAAAGGGUACUGUUGAGCAACUGGAAUAGAAAAAGAAGUGAAAAUAUCAUGAAAUACUGCAACUAUAGGAAAAUCAAUUUCAGAUGACAACCCCAGUUCUCGUGCUUAUUGGCAGAAGAAAAGCUUGAUAAGCAAUGAAGCUAAGUUGUAAGAAGAUUUUUCUUUGGCGCGCUGUUCUUGUUCUGUUUUUUCAUAUAGCAAAUGCUUUAUCAGACACCAUUAAUAUCAAUCAAUCUCUGGGUGGUUCAGAAACUUUAGUUUCAAAUAAUAACAGAUUCAUAUUGGGAUUUUUUAGUCCAGAGAAUUCGACGAAUCGUUAUGUUGGUAUUAUGUUUAAUACCCAAUCACCAAGUGUUGUAUGGGUAGCCAACAGAGACAGUCCUUUACAAGAUUCUAGUGGAAGAAUAACUAUAUUAGAAGGUGGAAAUCUUGUAAUCUUGAAUGCACAUAAGAAGAGUAUUUGGUCAUCCAAUAUUUCAACAGCUGUGAGAAAUACUACUGCCCAGCUCUCAGAUACUGGAAACUUAGUUUUGAAAGACAGCUCCAGUGGGAGAACUCUAUGGGAAAGUUUUAGUGAUCUUUCAGAUUCUUUCUUGCAGUACAUGAAGCUUGGCAGCGAUAAGAGUACUAACACGACGAAUCUGCUGAAAUCAUGGAGAAGUCCCUUAGAUCCUUCUGAUGGGAGUUUCUCAGCUGGAAUUCAACCUGAAACCAUUCCCCAAAUUUUCAUAUGGAAGAAUGGCUUACCUCAUUGGCGUAGCGGUCCAUGGAAUAAACAGAUUUUCAUUGGAGUACCAGAAAUGACUUCUUUCUAUUUCAGUGGAUUUGAGCUAGUAAAUGACAACAUGGGUAGUGCCUACUUCUCCUAUUCAUAUUCAGAUCAAGGUGAUGGGAUGGUCUACUUAGUCUUGAACUCAACAGGAUCUUUGCAGCAAAAAGAACUACUAUAUGCUAGGAAGAAUGACUGGACAGUAACAUGGGCAAGUCCUGCAAAUGAGUGUGAAUUUUAUGGAAAGUGUGGGCCUUUUGGAAGCUGUGAUCCUUAUAGUUCACCAAUUUGCACUUGUUUGCAAGGGUUUAAACCAAAAAGUCAAGAGGAAUGGGGAAAAGGAAACUGGACCAAUGGAUGCAUCAGAAAGACUGCAUUACAGAAUGAAAGAAACAACUCUAACAUUGAGCAAGGUAAGCAAGAUUGGUUUUUGAGGCUGCAGUCAAUGAAAGUUCCGGAUUCCGCUAUUUGGGUAUCUUUGAAUAAAGAAGAUUGUGGAAGUGGUUGCUUGAGGAAUUUCUCCUGCAUAGCUUAUUCAUACUACAUAGGCAUAGGAUGCAUGCAUUGGGAAGGAGUCUUACUUGAUAUUCAGAAGUUCCCCAAGGGUGGGGCUGAUUUAUUCCUUCGACUUGCAUAUACUGAACAAGAUCAAAAGAAGGAACAUAAAGUAGCCAUUGGGAUCGUAGUCCCAAUUGGCUCGAUAACCAUUGCCAUUUUGGGAUACAUUUCCUGCAAACUUUUGGCUAAACAUAGAGGAAGGAAGAGAAAGAGUGAACUCUUAUCAAGCAAAUCAUUACUAACCUAUUACAAGCUAAGCUUGGUUAGAGAUAACAUCAACCAAGCUAAAUUUGAAGAGCUGCCGUUAUACAACUUUGACAUGCUAGCAAAUGCAACCGACAACUUUCACCUCUCUAACAAGCUUGGGCAGGGUGGUUUUGGUACAGUUUACAAAGGAAAAUUGCCAAAGGGACAAGAAAUUGCUGUGAAAAGGCUUUCACAGUCUUCUGGUCAGGGGCUAGAGGAGUUUAUGAAUGAGGUUGUGGUGAUUUCCAAACUUCAACAUCGUAAUCUUGUUAGGCUCCUUGGCUGCUGCAUAGAAAGAGGGGAGAAAAUGCUGGUUUAUGAGUUCAUGCCAAAAAGAAGCUUGGAUGCCUAUAUCUUUGGUUCACACCUUGAAGCAGAAGACUUCCUUGGUUGGAGUAAACGUGCAAUCAUCAUUGAGGGAAUUGGUCGAGGCCUCCUUUACCUUCAUAGGGAUUCAAGACUAAGGAUUAUCCACAGGGAUUUGAAGGCAAGCAACAUUUUGUUGGAUGAAUACCUGAACCCCAAAAUUUCAGAUUUUGGGAUGGCAAGGAUUUUUGCAGGCAACCAAGAUCAGGCCAAUACAAGUAGGGUUGUUGGAACCUAUGGCUAUAUGGCACCUGAAUAUGCAAUGGGAGGAAGAUUCUCAGAAAAAUCAGAUGUUUACAGUUUCGGAGUUUUAUUAUUGGAAAUUACAAGUGGAAGGAGGAACACUAGCUUUCACCAAGAUGAUUGUGCAUUAAGCCUUCUAGCGUAUGCAUGGAAGCUUUGGAACGAAAACAAGAUAGUCGAAUUGGUUGACCCCAAGAUAAUUGACCCGAAGCUCGAGAAGGAAAUUCUAAGAUGUGUACAUGUUGGACUAUUGUGCGUACAAGAAUAUGCAGAAGACAGACCAAAUGUCUCCACAGUUUUGUGUAUGCUCACCAGGGAAAUUGCUGAUUUACCAAGUCCUAAACAACCUGCAUUUACGACAGGACCAAGCUGUUCCAAGAAAGAUUCCUGUAGAACUCAAGGCUCUGUCAACACCGAUAGCAUUACCACUAUGGAAGGUUUGUACAAUACUGAACCUGUUGGCAGAAAAGAACUUAGGAUGAGUUUACCUCUGUUUUUUCAUCUUUUACUUUAUUGUUUUUAUGUAGUUUUCUCCGGCGCCAAUGUAUCAGAUACCAUUAGCAGUAGUGCUCCCGUGAGAGACUCGGAAACUGUAUUUUCCAGCGGCAGAAGAUUUAAACUGGGAUUUUUCAGCCCUGGGAAUUCUGCAAAUCGUUAUGUAGGUAUUAUGUUCAACCUACCAUCACCAACACCAACUGUAGUAUGGGUAGCUAACAGAGACAAGCCUUUACGUGAUUCUAAUGGAAUACUCACAAUAUCAGAAGAUGGGAAUCUUGUAAUCUUGAAUGGACAGAAGCAGAUUGUUUGGUCGUCCAGUGUUUCAAGCUCUAUAUGGAAUUCAACUGCCGGGCUCUUGGACACUGGCAACUUAGUCCUGAAAGACAGCUCAAAUGGGAGAGUUCUAUGGGAAAGUUUUCAGCAUCCUACAGAUUCUCUCUUACCGUUGAUGAAAAUGGGCAUUAAUAAGUUUACUAACACGACGACUUUCCUGAAAUCAUGGAGAAGUCCUGAUGAUCCAUCCAUCGGGAGUUUCUCAGCUGGCAUUCAACCUCAAUACAUUCCCCAGUCUUUUAUUUGGAACAACAGCUCUCCUUACUGGCGUAGUGGUCCGUGGAACAAACAGAUCUACAUCGGAUUACCAGAAAUGAAAUCUUUUUAUAACUCUGGUGUUGACCUUGUAGCUGAUAAUGCAGGCACCGCAUACCAAACUUAUACCUACCAAAAUCAGUCUUGUAUACUCUAUUAUUCCUUGAAUUCCACAGGGUCUUAUCAGGAGAAGGUUUGGGAUCCAAAUAAGAAGAAUUGGAUGGUAACAUGGGCAAAUCCCCAAAGUGAGUGUGAUUUUUAUGCUAAGUGCGGGCCAUUUGGAAGGUGUAACCCAAAGAGUUCUCCAAUGUGCAGUUGCAUACGAGGGCUUAAGCCGAAAAAUGAAGGAGAAUGGGAGAAGGGAGAUUGGAAUGGUGGUUGCGUCAGAAAUACUGCACUUGACUGUGAAAGAAACAAAACUGAUAUUGACAAGGGCAAGCAGGAUGGGUUUUUGAAGCUGCAGACAAUGGGAGUGCCAGAUUUUGCAAUUUGGGUAUCAUCUACAAAAGAAAACUGUGAGAGUGAUUGUUUGAAAAAUUGUUCCUGCUUGGCAUAUUCAUACUACACAGGCAUAGGUUGUAUGCAUUGGAAUAGAAGCUUAAUUGGUAUUCAAGAAUUCUCCACGGAUGGGGCGGCUGAUUUGUUCAUUCGCCUUGCCUACUCUGAACUUGGUAAUAUACUUCUUUUCGACCUUAAGCUUUCGCACUCCCAUAAAAAUAUUCUCCAAUUCUCAAUGAGUGCUUUAACUUCCAUGGACAAAAGGUAUGCUCAAGAACUGUCUAUAACUCGUACAAGUUUUGCAGCUGCAAAUCACAAGAAACGUAUCCCUGUAGUAGCAAUCACUGUCUCGACGGUCUCAGUAACAGUUACCUUAUGUGGAUAUCUUUUCUGGAAAUUGUUUACUAAGCACAGAGGAAGGAAGAGAAAAAAUGAAGCAUUCUUAAGAGAAGCAUCUCAAAACUAUUACAAGGAAAGCAUGAUUAAAGAUGACAUCAACAAAGUCAAAAUUGAAGACAUGACCUUGUACAGCUUUGACAUGUUAGCAAAUGCAACUGACAAAUUUCACUUGGCUAGCAAGCUGGGGCAAGGAGGCUUUGGUCCAGUCUACAAAGGAAAAUUUCAAGAUGGACAAGAAAUUGCAGUAAAAAGGCUUUCACAGUCUUCUAGUCAGGGGCUAGAAGAGUUUAUGAAUGAAGUCGUCGUGAUCUCUGGACUACAACAUCGUAAUCUUGUUAGACUUCUCGGCUGCUGCAUAGAGAGAGGGGAAAAGAUGCUGGUUUAUGAUUUCGUGCCGAAUAGAAGCUUAGAUGCAUAUAUCUUUGGUUCACACCAGGAAAAGUUCCUUGAUUGGAGUAAGAGAGCCAUCAUUAUUGAAGGAACUGGUCGAGGCCUCCUUUACCUUCACAGAGACUCGAGACUACGAAUUAUUCAUAGAGAUCUGAAAGCAAGCAACAUCCUGUUGGAUGAACAACUAAACCCAAAAAUUUCAGAUUUUGGCAUGGCGAGGAUAUUUGGAGGAAAUCAAGAUCAGGCCAACACUAUAAGAGUUGUUGGCACAUAUGGUUACAUGUCCCCUGAAUAUGCAAUGCAUGGAAGAUUCUCAGAAAAAUCAGAUGUCUAUAGCUUUGGAGUGUUGAUAUUGGAAAUUGUCAGUGGAAGGAAGAAUUCCAGUUUUUACGACGAUGAAGAUGAACUGACUCUAUUUGCAUAUGCAUGGAAGUUGUGGAAUGAAAACAAUAUUGUAAAAUUGGUAGACUCCAAAGUAUUUGAUCCAAGCUUUAAGAAAGAGGUUGUGAGAUGUGUACAUAUUGGAUUAUUAUGUGUUCAAGAAUAUGCAGAAGAUAGGCCAAAUAUCUCCACGGUUCUAUCAAUGCUCACUAGUGACAUUGCUGAACUACCUACUCCUAAGCAACCUGCAUUUACCGGAGGCGGAGGACAUGGUUCUUCAGAGCAAGGAUCUUCUAAUAGCCAAGUUUCUGUGAAUACUGAUUCCAUAACUGUAGUGGAACCACGAUAGGCUGUAAAGUUUUCAACAGGCAGGCAAAGAUCAUUUCUUUCCUUAAAAUUGUAUGUAACUGUAGCUAUUUCUUUUUCUGAUGCUUUCCCAAAAACUGUGGAGUAAUAUUUAACCGUUGUGAUUGCGAAAAAAAUCUAAUUUUACAACUAUGAUCAACAUUA